CCCCUCGCGCAUGCGCGCCCUGCCGCACACCCGGAAGCAGCGCGGAGCCGCUCGCCCUGCGAGCCGGUCCCGGUGGCGGCGGGGAUGCUCGCUGCGUGACGUCACGGCUGCCCGGUGCUCUCUGACAUCAUGCGAGCGCUGCAGCCUCCGCUUCCGGGGCCUGGGCCUGGGCCCCCCGGUACCCCCGGUACCCCCGGUACCGGCCUGCUGGUGCCGCUGGGCCCCGAGCUGCAGGCCUGCCCGCGGGAGCUGCUGCGGCAGCGGCGAGGCCACGACGGCCAGCCGCAGUACCUGGUCCGGUGGAGCCUCGUCCGCUCGGAGGAGCGAGCGGCGGGCGGCGGCUCCUCCGCGGGGCCCGAUGCCGGGAGCGUGUCGCUGUGGAUGUCCGCGGAGGAGGUGUGCGCCAGCUGCCCGGCGCUGCUGGGCGAGGGGAAGCCGGCGGGGCCGCGGGCCGAGGAGGAGAGGGCGGCCGGCCCGUCCCCCGCGGGCGGCGCGGCGCCGGACGAAGCCUCGCUGCGGGAGAUGGAGGCCGACGUCGGGAGCCUGGUGCGGCGAGCCGGCCGGCAGCUGGGCGGCACCGGGGCCCCCGAGGCCGCCUCCGUGCUCAACACCAUGCACGUGCUGAGCGCCUACGCCGGCAUCGGCUCGCUGGCGGGCGCCUUCAGGGAGACGGGAGCCCUCGACCUGCUGGCGAAGAUGCUGUGCCACAAGGAGAAGCAGAUCUGCCGCAGCGCCGGCAAGAUGCUGAGGGCCCUGGCUUCGCACGACGCAGGGAGCUGGGCUUAUGUCCUGCUGUCCCUGAGCCAGCAGGAUGGCGUCGAGCAGCACAUGGACUUUGACAGCCGCUACACCUUGCUGGAGCUGUUUGCUGAGACGACAUCGGCAGAAGAGCACUGCAUGUCCUUCGAGGGCAUCCACCUUCCACAGAUCCCCGGGAAGCAGCUGUUCACCCUGGUGAAGCGCUACCUGCGCGUCACUUCCCUCCUGGACGAGCUCGGCAGCGGCGAGGAGCAGGGCGGGGAGCAGCCGGAGAGCAGCCGCGUGAAGCAGGAGUUUGAGUUCAGCAUGGCGAUGGCCGGCCUCAUCGUGGAGCUGCUGCGUGCCAUGGGCUGGGAGCACAGCCACGAGCCAGAGCCGCCGGCCCGACAGGAGGCGAAGCCUCGCACCGCCCGCUCCAUCUUCCAGCACGGGGCCGCAUCCUGCACCGCUGCCCAGGCAGCCCCCGCUCCCCCACCGAAAGAGCCCAGCGCCUUCAAGACGCGCUCGGCCUUCCCGAGCCGCAGCAGCUACGUGGAGUACGUGCGGGCGCACCUGGUGCGCGGCAUGCGGGUGCGCUUGCUGGAGGACUACGAGCAGGUCAGCGCGGGGGACGAGGGCGAGUUUCGCCAGAGCAACGACGGCACGCCGCCCGUGCAGGUGUACUGGCAAGCCCUGGGCUGCACUUACUGGGUUCACUGGCACAUGGUGGAGAUCAUCGGCUCUUCGGGGCAGGAGGAGCAGGAGGGCCGGCAGAGGGGAACGACGCUGACAAACAGCCAAAAACUGGCAGCGGUCGCGCAGCCGUUCUUCUCCAAGCCCCUGGGGGGGCUGUACUCCCUGCCGUACCUGGGGGAGCAGCCGAGCAAGGCUGCGGAGACGCUGAGCCGUGCCGAGUGGUGGGAGCUGCUCUUCUUCGUGAAGCAGCUGGAAGCGCAGGAGCAGGAGGAGAUCGCCGGCCUCGUGCAGCGGGAGCAGGCAGAGCAGCUGCCGGGGCCGGACGAGGAGGCCCUGAUCCGGCUGCCGGUGCCCGUGGGGCUGGCCCGGAAGGUGCUGCGGGUGCUGGAGGAGCGGAGCCGGGGCAGCGCCCGGGGCCGCCUGCGCGGCUCCCGCGUCUACGGCAAAUGCUGGCCGGGCAGGGGGGCCGAGCGGGACGGCGGGGGCAGCCCCGCGGCGUCCUCGGAGGGUGCCGGCUGCGGGAGCGCUGGCCCUGGAGCCGCGCCGGCCGAGGCAGCGAAGGACGAGGACGGCGUCUGUGCGGUGCUCGAGUCGGAUGCCCGGCUGUUCGGCGAGCUGCUGGAGAGGGAAGGGCUGCGCUUCCCGGAGGCGGCGGAGAGCAGAGCGUGCGGCAGCUGCGAGGGGGCGAGCAGCAGGGGCUCGCUGGAGGAGGUGGCGCAGGUGGCGGAGGCGAUCCGGAGCAGCGGCUGCGAGGCGGAGCUGCGCGUGGCUGGGCUGCGGCACAUGGUGAGGGUCCUGCAGGAGGAGCCGGAGCCGGAGCGGCAGGAGGGCGGCGAGGCCCGGGGCGGGCCGGGGACCAGGGAGAAGCUGGUGAAGGCGGCGGUGGAGCUGCUGAGCGCCGAGGCGGCCGAGAAGCGCCUGGUGGUGCUGGCGCUGCGGCUGGUGGCCCUGCUGAUGGAGAGGCGCGACUGGCGCGUGCCCUUCGCCAUGGAGGGCGGCGUGCGGGCCGUGCUGGCCUGCAUGCGGCAGCACGCCGCCUCCGCCCUGGUGCAGCAGGCGGGCCUGGCGGCCCUGAAGGUGCUGGUGGGAGCCGGGGCCGGCGAGCCCGGAGGUGCCGUCGGGAAGCCCUCGCCCCUGAGCCACGGCGACGCGCAGCUGAUGCGGGAGGUCUUCGCCAGCAUCGGCUCCGCCUGCGGCGAGGGCUCACCAGGCCUGCUGAGCGCCAUCCCCGCCGCCGUGCGCGCCAUGCGGAGCGUCCCGGGGGGCUCCUCGGGCGUGCGGAACGGCUUGCUGGUGCUGAAGAUGCUGGUGGACGGCCACCGGGGCCUGGCGGAGCAGCUGGUGAGCGGCGAGCUCCCCGCGCUGCUGCAGAGCUGCUGGCGGGACGGGCAGGGCGCCGGCGGCCCCACCGCGCUGCUGGCCCUCGGCGUGAUCAACUGCCUGGCGGAGCACCGGCUGCCCCUGGGCCCCGAGACCCCAGGCGCGGAGGCGCUGCUGGAGGCGAGGGAGCCCGCGGGCAGCCCGGGGGACGGCGCCUUGUCCGAGGACGUGGUGGUGGCCCUGGAGCGGCAGCUCUGCGGCGGGGGCCCCGUCCCCUCCGGCGAGGCGUCCCCGCGGCCGCAGGAGCGCCGGUGCUUCCAAAUGCUGCUGCGCAGCCUGGAGCUGCUGGGGGCCGAGAAGACCGUCGGCCUGCGGAUCCUCAGGAUCCUGAACAAGUUCCUGGACGGUUACCGGGAGGACGCGCUGCCCUGGCACGAGUGCGUGGAGCCCUGCCUGUCCUCCCUGAGCACCCACGGCAGCGACCGGGAGGUGGUGCAGGAGGUCGUCGGCUUCCUGCACCGCCUGGCCGCCGCCAGCAAGGACUGCGCGGUGGCCAUGUGCCGCGCGGGCGCCCGCGAGGCCCUGGCCAAAGCCCUGGAGAAACACAGCUCGGCCGUGCCGACGGCGCCGGCCCUGCUGGAGCUGCUGCGCGACUGCGAGAAGUUCGCCGGCCUCCACAGGACGCUGACGGGCAGCAUCUUGGCUGGCUGCAUCCAGCUGGUGCUGGGGCAGAUCGAGGAGCACCGCCGGAGCCAGCGGCCCAUCAGCAUCCCCUUCUUCGACGUCUUUCUGCGCAACCUGUGCCGAGGCUCCAGCGUGGAGGUGAAGGAGGACAAGUGCUGGGAGAAGGUGCAGGUCUCCUCCAACCCGCACCGCGCCAGCAAGCUCACGGACAGGAACCCCAAGACCUACUGGGAGUCGAACGGCAGCACCGGCUCCCACUUCAUCACUGUGCACAUGCAGUGCGGGGUGGUGGUCAGGGAGAUGAGCAUGCUGGUGGCCAGCGAGGACUCGAGCUACAUGCCGGCCCGCGUGGUGGUGCUGGGGGGAGACAGCCCUGCCGCCAUCGGGACGGUGCUCAACGCCGUGACCGUGCUGCCGUCGGCCAGCAGGGUGGUGCUGCUGAAGAACAUGACGCGCUUCUGGCCCGUCAUCCAGAUCCGGGUGAAGCGGUGCCAGCAGGGCGGCAUCGACACGCGUGUGCGCGGCAUCGAGGUGCUGGGGCCCAAGCCCACCUUCUGGCCCGUCUUCAGGGAGCAGCUGUGCCGGCGGACGUUCCUCUGCUGCACCGCCCGGGCGCUCGCCUGGUGCCAGGAGAUCCGCCGGGACCGGGGGCGGCUGCUGCAGCUCUUUGGCAAGCUGAACCGGGCGCUGCGGCACGAGCAAGACUUCGCCGAGCGCUUCCUUCCUGACGACGAGGCGGCCCGGGCCUUGGGCAGGACGUGCUGGGAGGCCCUGGUGAGCCCCUUGGUGCAGAGCAUCACCAGCCCAGACCCCAGCGGCGUCAGCCCCCUGGCCUGGCUGCUGAGCGAGUACCUGGGGCGCGGGGAGCCGCCCCAGCGCCCCCCGGCCCGCGGCGCCGCCUUUGGCUCCUGCGUGCGGCUCCUGACCCAGCUCCUGGUGCACGUGGACCCUGGCGGCGUGGAGCUGGAGGAGGCGAGGGCGGCGGGCGGGCAGGAGGGCAGGAACAAGGAGGCGCCGCCCAGGGCGGCGGCGGCGGCGCAGAAGCCGAGCGGCCUGUGGGGCAUCGCGCAGUGCUGGCGCGGCGUGGUGCAGCAGCAGGUGCAGCGGUUCCUGGAGGCGGCGGGGCAGGCGCCAGAUGCGGUGGAGCGAUACUGCGGGCUGUACCGGCGCCUGCGCGGCGCCACGGAGGAGCUCUUUGGGCAGCAGGCUGCCUUCGUGGUGGCCCUGGGCCAGGGCUUCGCGGGGGCGUUGCUGCAGCUCUCCUUCCUCACCGCCCUGCACGUGAGUCCAGGCAACGCGGCGCCAGCACCGGGCCCCAGUGGCCGUCCCGGGGCCCUUGAGGGCGCCCGUGCCCAGCCGCGGGCACGGAGCUCUGUGCGGGGCCGUGCCAGGGGCCCUCAUCCCCUGCCGGGAGCCCCGGGGGCUUCCCCCCGCUCCCUGCGGGGCUGCUGCCCCGUCCCCGUGCUGUGCCCACCCCGUGAGCCCCCCGCACACCCAGCCCCGUCCCCCGCAGGCGAGCGAGCAGUUUGCCCGCUACCUCGACGGGAAGAUGCAGGAGCUCCACGGGGCCGCGGGCAGCACGGGGCUGCUGCAGCAGAUCCUGGAGCCCUUCGUCGUCUUCAGCGGCCUGGAGUUCGCCCACACCUUCGAGCACUUCUACCGGCUGUACCUGGGGGACCGGCUCCUGGCGCAGGGCCCCUCGUGGCUGGAAGGGGCCGUCCUGGAGCAGAUCGGGCUGUGCUUCCCCCGCCGCUUCCCCCAGGAGAUGCUGAGCGACUUGGCCGAGUCGGAGGAGCUCCAGCAGCAGUUUCGCCUCUUCCAGCUGCAGGAGCGGGACAAGCGGCUGCUGGAGCUGGGCGCGGGCCCGGAGGGCCCCGAGGACGAGGCGCCGGGGGAGGCCUCGGCGGCGGACGCUCCGGAGGUGACGGUGCUGGCCCUGUCCCCGCGCUGCUGGCCCGUGUCCCCGCUGUGCCACAUGGACGAGCCCGGGAGGUUUUUCUCGGCGGCGCUGAGCUCCCCGCUGGGCGACUUCGCCGCCUUCUGCGGGCAGAGCCAGAGCCAGCGGGGCUGGGCGUGCACGAGGCCCCGGCGGCUGCAGUGGACGUGGCUGGGCCGCGCCGAGCUGCGGUUCGGAGACUGCGUCCUGCACGUGUCCACGCUGCAGAUGUACGUCCUGCUGCGCUUCAACGGCGCCGAGGAGGUGGCCGUGGAGUCCCUGCUGCGGGCCACGGGGCUCCCUGCAGAGCUGCUGCAGCAGGCGCUGGCACCGCUGACCGAGGGCGAGGGCGUCCUGGUGCGGAGCUGCGCGCUGGGGGAGGUACCUGCGGGCAGAGAGGGCUGAGAGCGGCGCCCUGGAGAGGAAGAGGAACGUCCUCUGCUGCCUCAUCACCCGCAUCCUCAAGGCGGAGAAGCAGCUGCACAUCGACAACCUGGUGUUCAGGGUGAUCGAUGCCUGUCAGAAGGGUGAGCUGGGGCCGGGGCUGCAGUUCCUGAGCUUCUGCUGCCACAGCGUGGACGUGCUGUCCUGCGUCCUGCACCUGCUGAACCAGGGCUACCUGCGGCGCCAGGAAGGGAGGCCCCACGUCCUGGAGUACGUCCCUGCUGAGUCCCCACCGCCCCCCACCUCCCAGGCCCAGCCCCAAGUUGCCUUCCAGACUGUAGAGAUCAAGACAGGUGCAAGCCCAGCCGCUGCUGAAAGGAGGCAGACUUUCUCCACCUUCAGGUAGAUAAGGACCAGGCUGGGCCAGCAGGACAGCGGCUGGGCCCAGCCCUUCGUGAGGACUUCCAUUUUGAAUAGAUGAGCCAAGCUGCA